AUGAAUUACGGUAUAUGAUUGGCCACCUUAUGUUCAUUAUGCUUUAUGCUAUUUCCCAAAACGUGUUCAUUAAACCUCCGCAUUUUCCCUUUAGUGCUUGCCCUAGGCACUAGGUGUUCAGGUAAAUUCCGAUUCCAAUAUCCAGAUGUCUCUCUUUCCCCUGAAGUACCUGACCUUAUCAUCAUCCAUCCUAGAAUUAAUGUUCUUGCCGCCCUACCGCCUCGAACACGGAACGAUAUAUUGACGACGUUAAUUGGAAAUACUACGAAUCAAAGCGCCUUUCAACUACACUGCUUAUCCCCUUAGCCGCUCACCUCAUCUACUUUAAAGCAAUAUGUGCCAAAGAAGCUAUUUUCCCACUCUAUUCACCAACACAAGAACCCGUAUCCCAAGGA